AUGGUUGAAUUGAAACAAGUGUCAUUUACACCAGAUGUAUUAGCAAGAGUAGCUCCAGACGUCUCUCUACAACGUCAUCUAUCGAUUGGAAUUAGGCCCAAUUUACGAAACUUUACCGAGUUCAAAGCAGUUGAAUUUGGCAACGGUUUACAAUUACAACGUCAUGAAAACAACGUAUUUGCUUCAUCUAUCGUGAAAAGUGGAUCUACUACUGUUAUCACUACAAUUAGUUUGGGAAUUGUUGAAGAUUUAGGCAACAGACAUAACCAACGCACUCAACAUUUUGCCAGUGUUUACCCCCAAGUUGAAAUACUUCGUGGUAGAUCUGGUGCUCCAACUGAUGAAGAAAUGAUUAUAAGCCAAGAUUUGUUUGAAACUUUUGGACAUUGCAAAAUUAUACCCCAAGAGAGUUUAAAUAUUGACAAUAUCGGUAUCUUGAUCAAAGACGAAGAGACUGGCAAGGAGGAGAUUUUGUAUCCUGAUUUGAAUGAAUCACAAUGGCAGUAUGUGAAUUUGUCAAGCAUGCAUAACAAGCCAUUCCAAUUUGUUUUGUUGGCUAGUACAAAAGUAUACCUGAGAGAAGUCUCAACAAACUCUAUAUUUGACUUGUGUUUUGCUUCGAUAUUGAAAGCAUUAAAAGAUUUGAAAUUACCCAGAUGCUAUGUCAAUGAUUCGAUAACCACUAAAAUCUCGAUCAGGUCUAGAAAAUCCAAUGCAAGAGGCUUGGUGGAUACAAGUACGGGUGUUUUGAACUUGGAUUUGAGACAGGGUUCACAGUACAAGUUAGAAUUGAAUGCGAAGCCAGAUACGAUUUCAAGUAACUUUGGCGUGAUUAAACUAGAGAAGAGGAAUAAAUCAGAAGGAGAAGAACAUGAACAGGAACAAGAUGGUGACAUCUUUGUGGAUAGCAACGAAGAAGACGAACCUAUUUUGUUGACCGAUUUAGAAGGUGAAGCUGAAGAGUCAACUAUAUUGUCAAGAAUAUCAGUCGUUAAUAACUCAGACUCGAUAAAUAAGAUAAGUUUGGUCAGUAAUGGUGAUAUUACUUUGGAAACACUUAGGCGAGCACUUGAGAUAUCGAAGCAAAGGGCCAGCAUGUACUCUUGA